GCGAUAACCACACGAUAAUCGAAUCCCCGCGCCCAACGACUCGGCAAAAACACCGCUUCCCACUGCAUUGGCUUUCCUUCAUUUGAGAUUGGAAUUCUCUUCUGCAACACCUGCGACGGAUUUUGUAUCUCGAAGCAAAACACAGAAACUUGUCGAAAACAAUCAGUGUGCUAUCAUCAAUCAUUCCGUAUUCACUCACCAUGGCCCAUCCAGCCCCGAAGUCCUGUCUCCGUGUCCAAGGGACUGACAUCGUCGAUGGCGAUGGAAAACGGGUCAUCCUCAAAGGGUGUGCCACGGGUGGCCAUACCAACAUGGAGAACUUCAUCACCGGUUACCCCGGCCACGAAAGCGAGAUGAGAGCAGCAAUGCUGGAGGUCCUCGGCCACGAGAAGUACGAGUUCUUCUUUGACAAAUUCCUCGAGUACUUCUUCACCACAGAAGAUGCAAAAUUCCUCGCCUCCCUCGGUCUCAACUGCAUCCGGAUACCGAUCAACCACAGGCACUUCAUGGACGAUCUAAACCCGUCCGUCAUCAAGCCCGAGGGCUUCCGUCUGAUCGACAGGAUAGUGGAUGCCUGCGCAUCCGAGGGUCUGUACACCAUCAUCGACAUGCACACGUUCCCGGGCGGCCAGAACCAGGGGUGGCACAGCGACACGGGCAUCCACAAGGCCCUCUUCUGGGACUUUAAGGAUUUCCAGGACCGCAUGGUCAACCUAUGGGUCGAGAUCGCAAAACAUUACAGGGGAAACACGUGGGUAGCGGGAUACAACCCCAUGAACGAACCAGCAGACCCGAACCACGAGGGGCUCCAGAUCUUCUACCGCAGGGUCGAGAAGGCGAUCCGCGAUGUCGACGCCGACCACAUCCUGUUUCUCGACGGCAACACCUACGCCAUGGACUUCACCGCCUUCAAGGAGGUCCUGCCCAACUGCGUCUACGCCAUCCACGACUACGCCACCAUGGGCUUCCCGGCCGGCCAGCCGUACGUCGGAACCCCGGAGCAGAACGAGUUUCUCAAGAGGUCGUAUGAGAGGAAGGUCGAGUUUAUGAAGGCCCGCGGGGUUCCUAUCUGGAACGGUGAAUUUGGUCCCGUCUACGCAAGUAAAGAGGAAGAAGGCCACGACAAGACCAACGACCAGCGGUACCGACUGCUCGGCCAGCAGAUGUCGAUUUACAAGAAGGACCAGAUCAGCUGGAGCAUAUGGCUGUACAAGGACAUCGGGUUCCAAGGAAUGGUCUACACCAACCCCGACUCCGCAUAUAUCCGCCUCAUGAAGCCCUUCCUAGACAAGAAGAAGCGCCUCGGACUCGACAAGUGGGGGCGUGAUGACACGCACGUGGGGCACAUCUACGCGCCGCUGAUCCAGCACCUUAAGGAGGAGAUACCCGAGGAGUUCCUCAACAAGAGAUAUCCCCAGCACUGGAGGAUCGAGGGCCACGUCCACCGCGUCAUCCGCGAGACGUUGUUCUCGGAGAUCCUUACUUGGGAGUACGCGAGCUACUUUAAGGGGAAGACGUUGGAGGAGUUGGAUGAGCUUGCCGCUUCGUUUAAGCUGGAGAACUGCAUGAAGAGAGAUGGGCUGAAUGAGAUCCUGCGGGCGGACGCUGAGCAGGGUGUGUAGGCUAAUGUGGGACUUGGACAAUUACGGAGAGGGAAAGAUGGACAGAACUCGGAAGUCUUUGGGUAUCACUGAAGUUGUUGGGACUGCCCCUAAAAUAGA